CUGCCUACCUGAUGCCCACUAUCAGUGCGGUAGUGUUCCUGGUUGGUGUGACCGGCAACUCGCUGGUUAUCUACGUCGUGACGCGGUUCCAGGAGAUGCACACCGUCACCAACUACUACAUCUCCAACCUGGCCGUCACCGACCUGGCGUUCCUCGUCUGCUGCCUCCCGUUCAGCGCCGUCAAAUACGUCACGUUCGAGUGGAAACUGGGACUGUCUAUGUGCAAACUUGUCCACUACAUGAUGCAGGUGACCGUCCAAGCCACCUGCCUGACGCUGGCCGUGCUGAGUGUUGACCGGUACUGCGCCAUUGUCCACCCGGUCUCCUCCAUGUCAUUCCGGACCAAGAAAGUGGCCAAGAUCCUCUGCGCAUCCGUGUGGGCAGUGUCCGCUCUUCUGAGCAUCCCUGUAGCGAUGAACUACGAUCUGAAGGAGGAAGUCUACUACGGGCGGCGUACGUACUGCGAGGAGAUGUGGAGGUCUGUGGCGGGACAGCGCGGCUACAUGCUGUACACGGUCCUGCUGGCGUACGUGCUGCCGUUAGCGUGCUGUGGAGCCUGCGGGGUCCUCAUCAUCCGCCGCCUGCUCACCCGCAUGGAGCGGCACCCGGCUCAGCAGCGGAACCAGGCGCGCCAGACCCGCCGCACAACCUGCAUCAUCGUCAGCGUGGUGGUCAUCUUCGCCCUCUCAUGGCUUCCCAACCACGCCAUCAACCUCUGGCGGGUCUUCAACCUGAAUGCACCGAUCACAGACGCCAUCCACGCCGUGAAGACCGCAGCUCUCAUCCUCUCCUACUCCAACUCCGCCGUCAACCCGUUCAUCUACACUCUCAUCGGGGAGAACUACCGCAACUGCCUGAAGAAGGCCGUACUGUGUUGUAGAAAAUCCAACCCUCACUCUCGAUUCAGUUCCACUUUCAAGGGAUCUAGAUUUUCAUACUUGAGUAGUUCUAAGAAAAAAGAAAGUGUCAAAUUUAGCGUUCGUUUUGCGCCCGUCAGCAAACCACCUUUGGAAAUGAAAACGUGAGAAACAGCUCACGUUUCCAUACAUAUCUUUAUAUCGGACUAAGUGUAGGUGCAUGGAGAAAUCAUCAAUAAGCCUACAACAGUGCAUGUAAAUAUUUGAGGCUCCGCGUAAAGCUUUACACUUUUUCAGACAAGCUAUCUUCUUACAACAACAACAACAAAAACAACAACUCUUCAUUUAUUGUAAAUGUCAAUUUGUUUAGUCAAAUACGGAAGAACAAGGUUUUCAUCAAUCUUUAUUCUAUUUUAUUCCAUUAUCACGGUUUGGAAGACAGGGUAAUACACGUGCAUAACCAGCGUUACAAGUUUCCUUCCAUA